AUGUUAAAUUUGUCAGAAGACGUGCAUGCCAUUAUUAAUGGUAAACUUGCUUUGCGAUAUGCCGGACGCGAAGUUGAUGCAAUGAAAGCUGUAGCAACGGCUCAUCAAAAUCGUUCGCUUAAUGAAUUUGAGUAUGCAGAUCCCAUUAUCCGAACUCAUCUUGAUGAACUUUAUGAUACAUUACUUGAACAGAAUCUCGUACGCAUAAUAGAACCAUUUUCGAGGGUAGAAAUUUCACAUGUUGCAGAAAUGGUUAAAUUACCCACUGUUCAAGUAGAGAAAAAAUUGUCACAGAUGAUUUUGGACAAAGUAUUUCAUGGGAUUUUAGAUCAGGGCGCAGGAUGUUUGAUUGUAUUUGAUGAACCGCCUCAAGAUAAAACAUAUGAAGGAGCCUUGGAAACACUUAAACAAAUGGGAAAUGUUGUGGAAUCAUUAUAUGAGAAGGGGAUAGUUACAGUCGUUUUUGCACAAACGAUACCAACCAUAAAUUUUGAUUCAAUUAAUAAAAUACUUUUAGGGGGACAAUAUAAUGGAAUAUCAAAAUAUAGUUCAACGUCAAAAAACUUUGACAAUGAAACGGCAUCAUUCUUUUCACAAUUUUCUAAUGGUACAUUUGAAUUUGAAGGGUCAACAUCAAAGAAUGGAACAAUAAAUGCUAUUUGUAUUAUACCUCGUUCGGAUAAUCUUUAUGUGAUUGAUGUAUAUAUUGGAGGAAAUUUUAGUAGCAUUGGGGAUAAAAAAUUAAAUAAUAUUGCAAGAUACAAUCCUUCAGAACGAACAUUUUAUCCAUUAAUAGAAGGAUUAGAUGGAACAGUUUAUACAUUAUUUUGCGAUACGGAUAAAUCGAUAGUAUAUGUAGGGGGGGAUUUUUUAGCUCCAGUAAAUCCUGAAGCACAUAAUAUUGACGUAUUAUCAUUUGGAGGAAGUGUAGCUUUAUGGCAAAAGGAAACGUGGAGUUCAUUACCUUUUAAAGGAUUCAAUGGACCAGUUUAUACGAUAAAAUAUAAUGAGAAAAAUAAUACGAUAUAUUUUGGAGGAAAAUUCGAUGCUACGGGAGAUGGAAAUUCGGCAACAACAUCAAACUUGAAUGACCCUUCAGUUAUAAUUUGUAGUGCAGAACCGGAUGGCCCGGGUAAUACAUGGUUAUUGGGUAACAAUAUGCCUGGAUACUGGAGAGCAACAUUUGAUUAUGAAAUUGUUCCUACAGUUAUUGGAAUUAAAAAUACUAAAUAUCAAGAUAGAGGGACUAAAUCAUUUAGAUUAAUAGUUAAUUCAAAUCAAGCUGUGGCGUCAUUAACAUAUACUGAUUCUACAGAUGGAACAAUAAAAAAUUGUUCAGAUCCUUGUCCAUUACAACACGACAAUCAAGAUUUUCAAUUAUUUUAUUUUGUCGAUCCUAUAAGUAUUGUCGGAAUUCAAAUUGAAAUUUUGGAAUAUUAUGGAAAUGGAGGUGGAUUACAUGGUGUUCGAUUAUAUCAAACUGAUAUUGUUGUUCGUGCAGUUACUGAUUAUGACAUUCCUUGCGAUAGUUCGGAAUUUCAUCCAACAGUAACAGCAAUUGGAAAUUGGUAUCCACAACAACUUUCCGGCACAUGGGAAUAUGUCUUAAUUGCCAGUAUUUCUACUUCUCAACUCAAUAAUUCCAAUGAAAAAUUAACUUUAACACCUUAUAUUCCUCAAGCUGGAUAUUACAAUGUCACAUUAUCCACUCCAAGCUGUUUAUCUAUUGGUUGUUCUUUAACUACUUCAAUUGAUAUUACAAUCACUGUUGCACCUGGUCAAACGCAAACUGUCACCAUAUCAGAAAGUAAUAAUUAUGAUAAAGAAGAUUUAAUUUAUUCCGGAUUCAUUUUGGCAACUUCAACUUCUUUUAAACCAAUAGUUGAAAUUACUACUGAUAAUCUUAAUUCAUUAAGUAGUUUAUUUCAAUAUAUACCUUCAUCUACUACAAAUUCACAAGAUUCUUGGUUUGGAUUUAAUGAUUUAUUGGUAAAAAAUUCAAUUGUUUAUGAUAUUAUAAUAUUAUCAUCAUCUUCCUUAAUUAUUGGUGGUCAAUUUAAUAAUUCAACUUACUCAAAUAUUGUAAAAUAUGAUGGAAAUUAUUUCAUUCCUUUAACUAAUGGAGGUUUAAAUGGUCGCGUAAAUACAAUACUUCAAAUUGGUAAUGAUUUAUACAUUGGUGGAUUAUUCUCUACAACCGCUAAUAAUGAUAGUUCAAUUAAAUUUAAUAACAUUGUGAAUUAUAAUCUUGAAAAAAAUUCAUGGAAUAAAUUAAAGGAAGGUGUAAAUGGUGAAGUUAAAAGAUUAUUUCCAGUAACCGAUAAUAAUCCUAUUAAAAUUCAUGUAAUAGGAAAAUUUGAUACUUUAAUUUCUUCAUCAAAUGAUAGUAGUGGAAAUAUAACAUUUGGUUAUGCAAUGUGGGAUAUUAAUAUAAAGAAUUGGAUUGAUUCCGCAUAUUUAGAAGGAUUAAUAGGUUAUAUAAUUCCUUAUUCUACAUCUGGUCAAUCCAUAAGUUUUUGGGGUGGAAAUAUAUUAAGUAUUUUUGAUAAAUUAUCAUUUAGUGGAAGUAUACUUGAUGAUUCCGGAAUUUCUUCUUUACCAAUACAUCCUCAACAUUCAAAUAGCAAUACAACCUCUGAAAUAAUUAUAAAUUCUGUAAUAUCUUGGAAAAAUGAUACAAUAAUUGGUGGGAAAUUUGAAUUUGAUAAUAUUAAAAAUAUUGGAAUAUUACAGAAUAAUAUAUGGGAAGAAGUUGCUCCAGGAUUUUUGAUGGAUGAAGUUAAAAUUCUUUUUGAAUCUAAUGAUAUAUUAUAUGUGGGUGGUAUAUUAACUAUGAAAAAUGAAAGUUCUUCUGCAUUUAUUAUUUUUGAUUUGAUCAAUUUCAAAGUUACAACUCAAUCUCAAUUCUUGACUGCAAAGGAUAAUAUAGUCAAGGUAAACGAUAUAAAGGAUCGAGGUGGCACUAAUACUAUAAUAGUAGCGGGUAAAUUCAACAAUUCUGGAUUUUUGGUUUGUGAAUCAAUAUGUUCGUGGGAUUCUAAACUGUUACAAUGGACAGCCAUUGAUUCUAAUUCUCAAAUUUCUGGUGAAAUUUUAUCUAUGGAUUUCAUAGGGGAAAGUACACCUCAAAACAUAUUAAUAGUUGCAGGAAUUCUAAUACUUGACAAUCAAUUGGUGUAUUUGGCACAGUACGAUUUUCAAAGUCGCAAAUGGCAAUCAAAAGCUACACUGGGAACUGAUAAUACUCAAUUACCUGGUCCUGCGACAUUUGUAUUAAAUGACUUUAAAAAAGAUGAUCAAUUUUUCGUUGCCGGUUAUAUAUCUGAUAAUAAUAAUUCAUAUUUACGUAAAUGGGAUGGAAAAAUAUUUCGAGAUAUUGGUAAAGGACUUUUACCCAAUUCAAAUAUUAGUUCAUUAAGUCUCGUGUAUACAAAUAUUUCUCAUGAAUCUUCGGAUAUUAUUCAUUCUGAUUGGUUAUUACUCAUAUCUGGUUCAUUAAUACUUGAUACGUAUGGGAAUGCAAGUGCUGCAUUAUAUAAUGGUCAAAGUAUAUAUCCAUAUUUAACUACUACUUUGAGUCAUGGAACAUCGGGAAAAAUAUUAAGUAUAUAUGCACCAUUUCCACAUGACCUGACAAAUGCACAUCGUUACUUACCUGUUUCUUUGGUCAUAUUGAUAUCUAUAUCAUUAUCAUUGGCCUUGGUAUUCUUAAUUGUUGCGACUGGAAUGAUAAUUUAUCAUUUCAAGAGACGAAAAACAGCCAAGGAAAUUGUACGCAGGAAUUCUACAAAAAUAAGAAUUCAUGAUAAUGCCGAUUUCAUGGCUGCCGUAAAUGCUGCAACUGAUCUGGUUAGGAAUAUAAGAAAUUCUGCUGUAACUUCGGAUGUGAAAUCAUUGAGUAAUUUAUCAUCAACCAGUAUUGGUAUAAAAACUGCUUCCCAACUUAAUUUAACUCAAAAUGUAAUUUCUCCAACUACAACGAUAAAUGUUCGUGAAGGAGGAGAUGAAAGAGAUGAAAGGGAUGGAAGAGAUGAUAGUGAAAGAGAUGUUGGUGAUCAAGGUCGUGAAAGAAUAGUUGAUGGUCAAGGUGAUGAAAGAUUAUCAGGAAAUAGUAAUUUGGAAUUUCACAGAGGAUUAGCUGCUGCAAUUGCGACAGAAGAUGGAAAUGUUCAAAUUAGAGAUUUACAAAAUCAAGCUAAAAUUGUAAGGAAUACGACAAGGAAUAGUGAAGGUACUACUGGUUCAUAUUAUGCCAAAUACACGUUUGAUGCAAAAGAAGAAAGUGAAUUACAAUUUUACGCUGGUGAUAUUAUUGACGUUAUUGAUGAUAAUGAUGAUGUAUGGUGGAAAGGAAGAAUAAAUGAUGGUAAUGGUAACUUUAGAGAAGGAGUAUUUCCACGUAAUUAUGUGGAACGAGAAGUUCCUAGAUUUUGA